AUGCUCAAGACCUGUCCCGAGUCGCAACUGGAGUGCUUUGAAAUCGAGUGUGGUUCGGAGCUCGCUCCUGAUAUCGUGAGAGUAGCAUGUCACGUCAUGGGCCAUCCAGAGGCUCUUGCUGCUUUGGAAUGGCAAGGGGACAAGAUCAUUGUGGCGAUCGAAGGCCGACAGUGGACUGCAGUAGCACGAGAGUUGGGCUCCUAUUCACGUGUCAAGAAAGUGAAUACGUCUGAUGCACUCCGAGACCUGGCCACGCCUCCGCAUGCCGCCGCCUCCUGCGCUCCGUCCUCUCCCACAUCGGAGAGGUUCGAGCAGAGUGUGACGAUUGCUCUACCGAUCUCAUGUAUGGAAGCUCUGAGGCACUUGAUUGAAAUGGCAAGUGCCAAUGGUAUAACAGUGAUCGGUCUGCGUACUGCCGCUUUGAAGGACGCUCCUGGCGGCAACUGA